AUGUCUUUCACUUUCCAUUUGCAGAAGAUCAAUGAAUCUUUCGAUCGCAUUGCCUUGUGGUAUCGCGAAUUCAUGCAUCGUACAGAGCUAUGCUUCCGCGCAUUGCACGAGCGCGUCAUGAGGUUGGAGGAUCAGCAAGCUAUGCAGAGACCAAGUGAUGAGCAGGUUGAAAGAGUUCUUCGGAAGAUACUGGCGGAGAGGUUCUCCGAAAGAGAUGUCUUAUCAGUACAGAACCCGCACAUGAUGAAAGAGGAGGAUUACUUCGUUGAAGAUCGAAGGGGCCGGACCUUACCGAAGCCUGUUCGCAUCGAUGCUGCAUCCCUUUUUGUCAACCCAGAAUCCGUUCCCUCGAAAGCCUAUACCGACACGUUCGAAAUGCUCGAUAGAGGACUUGCCGACUUUCCUGACCUCGACUCCAAGAGAUUUCACGUUCAAAAAACUUGA